AACAGAGAUCGAGUCUCUGUGGUACAGUAUAGCAGAGAACCAGAGGCCCACUUCUAUCUGAACACUUACAUGAGAAAAGAAGAGGUUGUUGACACCGUAAGAGGGCUGAAGCACAAAGGAGGGAGACCCCUCAACACUGGAGCAGCUCUCCAGUAUGUCAGGGACUACAUCUUUAAUGCCUCCUCUGGAAGUAGGCGCCUUGAAAGUGUUCCACAGAUUCUGAUACUGCUAAAUGGUGGAAGGUCCUUUGACAAUGUAGAUAAACCAGCUUCUGCUCUCAAGGAGCUUGGUGUCUUGGUGUUUGGAAUUGGAACAAGGAGCUCUGAUAGCAGAGAAUUACAGAAGAUAUCCUAUGACCCCAGUUAUGCUCUCUCCGUGUCUGAAUUUACUGACCUCCCCAACAUCCAACAGCAGCUUCUUUCUGCCAUGAACACUGCCAUUAUACAGGACACAACCAUGACACCAACACUAAUACCAACAAUACUAGUUGAGAGUCAGGCUCCCAGGAGGGAUGUUGUGUUCUUGCUGGAUGGAUCUGAUGGCACUAGGAGUGGAUUCCCAGCCAUGCGUGACUUUGUUCAAAGAGUGGUGGAGACACUCAGUGUGGAUGAGAACAAAGAUCGCGUUGCGGUGGUCCAGUACAGUAGAGAUCCAGCCGCCCAAUUCUAUCUGAACACAUACACAACAAAGGGAGAGAUUCUCAACACUGUAAGAGGUCUGAGACACAAAGGCGGGAGACCUCUCAACACUGGAGCAGCUCUCCAGUACGUGAGGGACAAUGUCUUUACUGCCUCCUCCGGAAGCAGACGCUUGGAAGGCGUUCCACAGCUACUGAUUCUGUUGAGUGGUGGAAGGUCGGUUGACAAUGUUGACACGCCAGCCUCUGCUCUGAAGGAGCUUGGGGUUUUGGUCUUUGGAAUUGGAACAAGGAGCUCUGAUAGCAGAGAAUUGCAGAGGAUAUCACAUGAUCCCAGUUACGCUCUGUCUGUCUCAGACUUUACUGACCUUCCAAGCAUCCAGCAGCAACUUCUGUCCUCGGUGGAGGCAGUGGUUAUUGAUGUUACUCCAGAAUCACCAACAGUUUUAGUUGAUCAUGACACCGCCAGAAAGGAUGUGGUAUUCCUUCUGGAUGGUUCUGAUGGCACAAGGAAUGGAUUCCCAGCAAUGCGUGAUUUUGUUCAGAGAGUAGUAGAGAAACUCAAUGUGGGAGGAGACAAAGACCGCGUUUCUGUGGUCCAGUACGGUAGAGAUCAAGAAGUUAAUUUCUAUCUGAACACAUACACCACGAAGGGCGACAUUCUUGACAUCGUCAGAGGUCUGAGGCACAGAGGAGGUAGACCCCUCAACACUGGGGCAGCCCUCCAGUAUGUAAGGGACAACGUCUUUACUGCCUCCUCAGGAAGCAGAAGCCAAGAGGGUGUCCCUCAGAUGCUGAUACUGCUGAGUGGCGGGAGGUCCAAUGAUAAUGUUGAAAUACCAGUUUCUGCCCUGAAAGAGAGUGGGGUCUUGAUCUUUGGCAUUGGAAACAGAAAUUCUAGCAAAGAGGUUCAAAGGAUUGCCUCUGACCCCAGUUAUUCCCAGUCUGUUUCUGAAUUCUCUGAUCUCCCCAGCGUCCAGGAUAAGUUUUUCUCCUCACUCAUUACUGUACACGUUGGCGCCACACCCAUUUCCCCAACAGUCAUAGUGGACCUAAGCAUUGCCAGAAAGGAUGUAGUAUUCUUGCUGGAUGGUUCUGAUGGCACUAGGAAUGGCUUCCCAGAAAUGCGGGACUUUGUUCAAAGAGUAGUGGAGAAACUCACUGUAGGGGAGAACAGAGAUCGAGUCUCUGUGGUACAGUAUAGCAGAGAACCAGAGGCCCACUUCUAUCUGAACACUUACAUGAGAAAAGAAGAGGUUGUUGACACCGUAAGAGGGCUGAAGCACAAAGGAGGGAGACCCCUCAACACUGGAGCAGCUCUCCAGUAUGUCAGGGACUACGUCUUUAAUGCCUCCUCUGGAAGUAGGCGCCUUGAAAGUGUUCCACAGAUUCUGAUACUGCUAAAUGGUGGAAGGUCCUUUGACAAUGUAGAUAAACCAGCUUCUGCUCUCAAGGAGCUUGGUGUCUUGGUGUUUGGAAUUGGAACAAGGAGCUCUGAUAGCAGAGAAUUACAGAAGAUAUCCUAUGACCCCAGUUAUGCUCUCUCCGUGUCUGAAUUUACUGACCUCCCCAACAUCCAACAGCAGCUUCUUUCUGCCAUGAACACUGCCAUUAUACAGGACACAACCAUGACACCAACACUAAUACCAACAAUACUAGUUGAGAGUCAGGCUCCCAGGAGGGAUGUUGUGUUCUUGCUGGAUGGAUCUGAUGGCACUAGGAGUGGAUUCCCAGCCAUGCGUGACUUUGUUCAAAGAGUGGUGGAGACACUCAGUGUGGAUGAGAACAAAGAUCGCGUUGCGGUGGUCCAGUACAGUAGAGAUCCAGCCGCCCAAUUCUAUCUGAACACAUACACAACAAAGGGAGAGAUUCUCAACACUGUAAGAGGUCUGAGACACAAAGGCGGGAGACCUCUCAACACUGGAGCAGCUCUCCAGUACGUGAGGGACAAUGUCUUUACUGCCUCCUCCGGAAGCAGACGCUUGGAAGGCGUUCCACAGCUACUGAUUCUGUUGAGUGGUGGAAGGUCGGUUGACAAUGUUGACACGCCAGCCUCUGCUCUGAAGGAGCUUGGGGUUUUGGUCUUUGGAAUUGGAACAAGGAGCUCUGAUAGCAGAGAAUUGCAGAGGAUAUCACAUGAUCCCAGUUACGCUCUGUCUGUCUCAGACUUUACUGACCUUCCAAGCAUCCAGCAGCAACUUCUGUCCUCGGUGGAGGCAGUGGUUAUUGAUGUUACUCCAGAAUCACCAACAGUUUUAGUUGAUCAUGACACCGCCAGAAAGGAUGUGGUAUUCCUUCUGGAUGGUUCUGAUGGCACAAGGAAUGGAUUCCCAGCAAUGCGUGAUUUUGUUCAGAGAGUAGUAGAGAAACUCAAUGUGGGAGGAGACAAAGACCGCGUUUCUGUGGUCCAGUACGGUAGAGAUCAAGAAGUUAAUUUCUAUCUGAACACAUACACCACGAAGGGCGACAUUCUUGACAUCGUCAGAGGUCUGAGGCACAGAGGAGGUAGACCCCUCAACACUGGGGCAGCCCUCCAGUAUGUAAGGGACAACGUCUUUACUGCCUCCUCAGGAAGCAGAAGCCAAGAGGGUGUCCCUCAGAUGCUGAUACUGCUGAGUGGCGGGAGGUCCAAUGAUAAUGUUGAAAUACCAGUUUCUGCCCUGAAAGAGAGUGGGGUCUUGAUCUUUGGCAUUGGAAACAGAAAUUCUAGCAAAGAGGUUCAAAGGAUUGCCUCUGACCCCAGUUAUUCCCAGUCUGUUUCUGAAUUCUCUGAUCUCCCCAGCGUCCAGGAUAAGUUUUUCUCCUCACUCAUUACUGUACACGUUGGCGCCACACCCAUUUCCCCAACAGUCAUAGUGGACCUAAGCAUUGCCAGAAAGGAUGUAGUAUUCUUGCUGGAUGGUUCUGAUGGCACUAGGAAUGGCUUCCCAGAAAUGCGGGACUUUGUUCAAAGAGUAGUGGAGAAACUCACUGUAGGGGAGAACAGAGAUCGAGUCUCUGUGGUACAGUAUAGCAGAGAACCAGAGGCCCACUUCUAUCUGAACACUUACAUGAGAAAAGAAGAGGUUGUUGACACCGUAAGAGGGCUGAAGCACAAAGGAGGGAGACCCCUCAACACUGGAGCAGCUCUCCAGUAUGUCAGGGACUACGUCUUUACUGCCUCCUCUGGAAGUAGGCGCCUUGAAAGUGUUCCACAGAUUCUGAUACUGCUAAAUGGUGGAAGGUCCUUUGACAAUGUAGAUAAACCAGCUUCUGCUCUCAAGGAGCUUGGUGUCUUGGUGUUUGGAAUUGGAACAAGGAGCUCUGAUAGCAGAGAAUUACAGAAGAUAUCCUAUGACCCCAGUUAUGCUCUCUCCGUGUCUGAAUUUACUGACCUCCCCAACAUCCAACAGCAGCUUCUUUCUGCCAUGAACACUGCCAUUAUACAGGACACAACCAUGACACCAACACUAAUACCAACAAUACUAGUUGAGAGUCAGGCUCCCAGGAGGGAUGUUGUGUUCUUGCUGGAUGGAUCUGAUGGCACUAGGAGUGGAUUCCCAGCCAUGCGUGACUUUGUUCAAAGAGUGGUGGAGACACUCAGUGUGGAUGAGAACAAAGAUCGCGUUGCGGUGGUCCAGUACAGUAGAGAUCCAGCCGCCCAAUUCUAUCUGAACACAUACACAACAAAGGGAGAGAUUCUCAACACUGUAAGAGGUCUGAGACACAAAGGCGGGAGACCUCUCAACACUGGAGCAGCUCUCCAGUACGUGAGGGACAAUGUCUUUACUGCCUCCUCCGGAAGCAGACGCUUGGAAGGCGUUCCACAGCUACUGAUUCUGUUGAGUGGUGGAAGGUCGGUUGACAAUGUUGACACGCCAGCCUCUGCUCUGAAGGAGCUUGGGGUUUUGGUCUUUGGAAUUGGAACAAGGAGCUCUGAUAGCAGAGAAUUGCAGAGGAUAUCACAUGAUCCCAGUUACGCUCUGUCUGUCUCAGACUUUACUGACCUUCCAAGCAUCCAGCAGCAACUUCUGUCCUCGGUGGAGGCAGUGGUUAUUGAUGUUACUCCAGAAUCACCAACAGUUUUAGUUGAUCAUGACACCGCCAGAAAGGAUGUGGUAUUCCUUCUGGAUGGUUCUGAUGGCACAAGGAAUGGAUUCCCAGCAAUGCGUGAUUUUGUUCAGAGAGUAGUAGAGAAACUCAAUGUGGGAGGAGACAAAGACCGCGUUUCUGUGGUCCAGUACGGUAGAGAUCAAGAAGUUAAUUUCUAUCUGAACACAUACACCACGAAGGGCGACAUUCUUGACAUCGUCAGAGGUCUGAGGCACAGAGGAGGUAGACCCCUCAACACUGGGGCAGCCCUCCAGUAUGUAAGGGACAACGUCUUUACUGCCUCCUCAGGAAGCAGAAGCCAAGAGGGUGUCCCUCAGAUGCUGAUACUGCUGAGUGGCGGGAGGUCCAAUGAUAAUGUUGAAAUACCAGUUUCUGCCCUGAAAGAGAGUGGGGUCUUGAUCUUUGGCAUUGGAAACAGAAAUUCUAGCAAAGAGGUUCAAAGGAUUGCCUCUGACCCCAGUUAUUCCCAGUCUGUUUCUGAAUUCUCUGAUCUCCCCAGCGUCCAGGAUAAGUUUUUCUCCUCACUCAUUACUGUACACGUUGGCGCCACACCCAUUUCCCCAACAGUCAUAGUGGACCUAAGCAUUGCCAGAAAGGAUGUAGUAUUCUUGCUGGAUGGUUCUGAUGGCACUAGGAAUGGCUUCCCAGAAAUGCGGGACUUUGUUCAAAGAGUAGUGGAGAAACUCACUGUAGGGGAGAACAGAGAUCGAGUCUCUGUGGUACAGUAUAGCAGAGAACCAGAGGCCCACUUCUAUCUGAACACUUACAUGAGAAAAGAAGAGGUUGUUGACACCGUAAGAGGGCUGAAGCACAAAGGAGGGAGACCCCUCAACACUGGAGCAGCUCUCCAGUAUGUCAGGGACUACAUCUUUAAUGCCUCCUCUGGAAGUAGGCGCCUUGAAAGUGUUCCACAGAUUCUGAUACUGCUAAAUGGUGGAAGGUCCUUUGACAAUGUAGAUAAACCAGCUUCUGCUCUCAAGGAGCUUGGUGUCUUGGUGUUUGGAAUUGGAACAAGGAGCUCUGAUAGCAGAGAAUUACAGAAGAUAUCCUAUGACCCCAGUUAUGCUCUCUCCGUGUCUGAAUUUACUGACCUCCCCAACAUCCAACAGCAGCUUCUUUCUGCCAUGAACACUGCCAUUAUACAGGACACAACCAUGACACCAACACUAAUACCAACAAUACUAGUUGAGAGUCAGGCUCCCAGGAGGGAUGUUGUGUUCUUGCUGGAUGGAUCUGAUGGCACUAGGAGUGGAUUCCCAGCCAUGCGUGACUUUGUUCAAAGAGUGGUGGAGACACUCAGUGUGGAUGAGAACAAAGAUCGCGUUGCGGUGGUCCAGUACAGUAGAGAUCCAGCCGCCCAAUUCUAUCUGAACACAUACACAACAAAGGGAGAGAUUCUCAACACUGUAAGAGGUCUGAGACACAAAGGCGGGAGACCUCUCAACACUGGAGCAGCUCUCCAGUACGUGAGGGACAAUGUCUUUACUGCCUCCUCCGGAAGCAGACGCUUGGAAGGCGUUCCACAGCUACUGAUUCUGUUGAGUGGUGGAAGGUCGGUUGACAAUGUUGACACGCCAGCCUCUGCUCUGAAGGAGCUUGGGGUUUUGGUCUUUGGAAUUGGAACAAGGAGCUCUGAUAGCAGAGAAUUGCAGAGGAUAUCACAUGAUCCCAGUUACGCUCUGUCUGUCUCAGACUUUACUGACCUUCCAAGCAUCCAGCAGCAACUUCUGUCCUCGGUGGAGGCAGUGGUUAUUGAUGUUACUCCAGAAUCACCAACAGUUUUAGUUGAUCAUGACACCGCCAGAAAGGAUGUGGUAUUCCUUCUGGAUGGUUCUGAUGGCACAAGGAAUGGAUUCCCAGCAAUGCGUGAUUUUGUUCAGAGAGUAGUAGAGAAACUCAAUGUGGGAGGAGACAAAGACCGCGUUUCUGUGGUCCAGUACGGUAGAGAUCAAGAAGUUAAUUUCUAUCUGAACACAUACACCACGAAGGGCGACAUUCUUGACAUCGUCAGAGGUCUGAGGCACAGAGGAGGUAGACCCCUCAACACUGGGGCAGCCCUCCAGUAUGUAAGGGACAACGUCUUUACUGCCUCCUCAGGAAGCAGAAGCCAAGAGGGUGUCCCUCAGAUGCUGAUACUGCUGAGUGGCGGGAGGUCCAAUGAUAAUGUUGAAAUACCAGUUUCUGCCCUGAAAGAGAGUGGGGUCUUGAUCUUUGGCAUUGGAAACAGAAAUUCUAGCAAAGAGGUUCAAAGGAUUGCCUCUGACCCCAGUUAUUCCCAGUCUGUUUCUGAAUUCUCUGAUCUCCCCAGCGUCCAGGAUAAGUUUUUCUCCUCACUCAUUACUGUACACGUUGGCGCCACACCCAUUUCCCCAACAGUCAUAGUGGACCUAAGCAUUGCCAGAAAGGAUGUAGUAUUCUUGCUGGAUGGUUCUGAUGGCACUAGGAAUGGCUUCCCAGAAAUGCGGGACUUUGUUCAAAGAGUAGUGGAGAAACUCACUGUAGGGGAGAACAGAGAUCGAGUCUCUGUGGUACAGUAUAGCAGAGAACCAGAGGCCCACUUCUAUCUGAACACUUACAUGAGAAAAGAAGAGGUUGUUGACACCGUAAGAGGGCUGAAGCACAAAGGAGGGAGACCCCUCAACACUGGAGCAGCUCUCCAGUAUGUCAGGGACUACGUCUUUACUGCGUCCUCUGGAAGUAGGCGCCUUGAAAGUGUUCCACAGAUUCUGAUACUGCUAAAUGGUGGAAGGUCCUUUGACAAUGUAGAUAAACCAGCUUCUGCUCUCAAGGAGCUUGGUGUCUUGGUGUUUGGAAUUGGAACAAGGAGCUCUGAUAGCAGAGAAUUACAGAAGAUAUCCUAUGACCCCAGUUAUGCUCUCUCCGUGUCUGAAUUUACUGACCUCCCCAACAUCCAACAGCAGCUUCUUUCUGCCAUGAACACUGCCAUUAUACAGGACACAACCAUGACACCAACACUAAUACCAACAAUACUAGUUGAGAGUCAGGCUCCCAGGAGGGAUGUUGUGUUCUUGCUGGAUGGAUCUGAUGGCACUAGGAGUGGAUUCCCAGCCAUGCGUGACUUUGUUCAAAGAGUGGUGGAGACACUCAGUGUGGAUGAGAACAAAGAUCGCGUUGCGGUGGUCCAGUACAGUAGAGAUCCAGCCGCCCAAUUCUAUCUGAACACAUACACAACAAAGGGAGAGAUUCUCAACACUGUAAGAGGUCUGAGACACAAAGGCGGGAGACCUCUCAACACUGGAGCAGCUCUCCAGUACGUGAGGGACAAUGUCUUUACUGCCUCCUCCGGAAGCAGACGCUUGGAAGGCGUUCCACAGCUACUGAUUCUGUUGAGUGGUGGAAGGUCGGUUGACAAUGUUGACACGCCAGCCUCUGCUCUGAAGGAGCUUGGGGUUUUGGUCUUUGGAAUUGGAACAAGGAGCUCUGAUAGCAGAGAAUUGCAGAGGAUAUCACAUGAUCCCAGUUACGCUCUGUCUGUCUCAGACUUUACUGACCUUCCAAGCAUCCAGCAGCAACUUCUGUCCUCGGUGGAGGCAGUGGUUAUUGAUGUUACUCCAGAAUCACCAACAGUUUUAGGUAUGUGUUAUCACUGUGAAUUAAGAGUCAGGAUGUGUUAACAAAAUGGCCGCUGAGUCUUAGAAACGACUAUAUAAUUGGCCAAAAACACCACAAUUGAUCAGUUUGAAUUAACAUAAUCUAUUGAUUUUCUCAGUUGAUCAUGACACCGCCAGAAAGGAUGUGGUAUUCCUUCUGGAUGGUUCUGAUGGCACAAGGAAUGGAUUCCCAGCAAUGCGUGAUUUUGUUCAGAGAGUAGUAGAGAAACUCAAUGUGGGAGGAGACAAAGACCGCGUUUCUGUGGUCCAGUACGGUAGAGAUCAAGAAGUUAAUUUCUAUCUGAACACAUACACCACGAAGGGCGACAUUCUUGACAUCGUCAGAGGUCUGAGGCACAGAGGAGGUAGACCCCUCAACACUGGGGCAGCCCUCCAGUAUGUAAGGGACAACGUCUUUACUGCCUCCUCAGGAAGCAGAAGCCAAGAGGGUGUCCCUCAGAUGCUGAUACUGCUGAGUGGCGGGAGGUCCAAUGA